GAAUCUCACGGAGACGGUCGAAGAAGAGAGGUGACUUGUGGCGGUGUUGGAGAGGCGAGAGGACAGUCGGAGCCGAGGGGAUGAAACGGUGUCUGAAGAUGGGAUAGAGGUAGUGAUAUUGAAGCGAGUGCGGAGAGCCUCGGUGAGGUGGUAGUGUGUGUGUGAUGGAGAGGCGAGCGACUGGGCUGUGACGGCUCCUGUGUAAGAUUUUUUAUACUUAAUUUUUAGCAAGUAUGAAUGAGCUGGACACGUUGCGACAAGAGGCGGAGACACUUAAAAAUGCUAUUCGAGAUGCGCGAAAGGCAGCAUGCGACACCACGCUGGUGCAGGCCACCUCCAGCAUGGAGCCCAUCGGGCGGAUACAGAUGCGCAACCGGCGGACCCUGCGCGGCCACCUCGCCAAAAUCUACGCCAUGCACUGGGGCUGCGACUCAAGGAACCUGGUGUCGGCGUCUCAGGACGGCAAGCUGAUCGUAUGGGACAGCUACUCGACCAACAAGGUGCACGCCAUCCCUCUGCGCUCCUCAUGGGUCAUGACCUGCGCCUACGCGCCCUCGGGCAACUUUGUGGCCUGCGGCGGUCUCGACAAUAUCUGCUCGAUAUACAGCCUGAAGACCCGGGAGGGCAGUGUGCGCGUCAGCAGAGAACUGCCCGGCCACACGGGCUACCUGAGCUGCUGUCGGUUCGUCGACGACAACCAGAUCGUGACCAGCUCCGGUGACAUGACCUGCGCACUAUGGGACAUUGAGACGGGCCAGCAGUGCACGGCGUUCACCGGCCACACCGGGGACGUCAUGUCCCUCUCGCUGGCACCCGACAUGCGCACAUUCGUCUCAGGCGCCUGCGACGCCUCCGCCAAGCUGUGGGAUAUCCGCGAGGGCACCUGCCGCCAAACGUUCUCUGGCCACGAAUCGGACAUCAACGCGAUAGGCUUUUUCCCGAACGGCUACGCGUUCGCCACGGGUUCGGACGACGCCACGUGUCGUCUGUUCGACAUCCGCGCCGACCAGGAGCUGGCCAUGUACUCGCACGACAACAUCAUCUGCGGCAUUACCAGUGUGGCGUUCAGCAAGUCUGGCCGCCUGCUGCUGGCCGGAUACGACGACUUCAACUGCAACGUCUGGGACGCCAUGCGCACAGAGCGGGCCGGCGUGCUGGCCGGUCACGACAAUCGGGUCAGCUGUCUGGGCGUCACCGAGGACGGCAUGGCCGUCUGCACCGGCUCCUGGGACAGCUUCCUCAAAAUCUGGAACUAGCCGGCCGCGCCGGCCGCCACCAGACUAAGCCGCUUCCGGGCCGGCCCGGGGGCCGCCCGGACCGCGCACACCGGUCGCACACCCAGCUAGGAUGCUAUGAAUGACGGGACCACGGAGUGAGCGCACACCUACCGCCAGAGGGCGGCAGCGCGCGCGCCCCCACAGUGAGAGAGCGCGCGCGCGCGCAGCCGGCCCCACUGACACACACAGCGAGAGAAAGAGAUGGGCGAGUGGUCGGACGAGCGAACGAGCGCGUCUGCCUGCCUACUGCCAUACAAGAGACGGUGUCUGGUGCGAGCGAGAGAGAGCGAGAGAGCGAGAGCGCGACUGUGAGGAGUCGCCGUCGCCGCCUCCCGCGCGCUCCCGCCGACGUGACGCGCGCCCGGCGCCCGGUCGCCUGGCCUCUAGUCGCCACUGAGGGCGCUCCGCGUGGCGCGCGCAGAACGAGAGAGCGCGCUUCUUCAGUUGAGCGUCAGUAUAUCGUUUUAUUUCGGCUUACCUGGAAGAAGGGCAGCGGCGCGAUGCGCCAGCUGGAGCGCCCGCCGCCGCCGCGGGCUGCGCACCGCCGAUGCCUGCGCGCAGCGCUGCUCGCCCCGUGCGCGCGAGCGCCCGCGCCAGACUACAUGUAGAGUAUUGUGUUUAACGGCAAAAUAAUCAUCAUGUGAUUUGCUGUGAAAAGUCAGUUAUUUAUAAUGUGGCGUUUUACAGGUGUCUCGUGUCGGAGCGGGGGCGGGUCCGAGUCGAUGGCGGCGCGGGUCUGGGUCCGCCGCCGCGGCGCCGCCGGCCGGCCCACCGGGCGGACUGCAGCGCGGCCGCACAACAUCCUCCAGGGCUCAGGGUCGUGCUGCCGUCAGCCAACUGGGCCGGCCGGCGCCAGGGGCCGCCGCGAGCCGACCGCCGGGCCGCUGCCGGGCUGCCCGGACACCCGCGGACGCCACCGCCGCCGCCGUGCCGCCAGUCGCGUGCGUCAUUGUUCGUGUUUCUUAUACGAGUAACAGUAAGUAGUGGUGAGCGUCAGUUGGCCACGCGUGCGCGCUGUUCUCGAGACGUCUGUGGCGUGCGUCAGCCUGCCAAAGCCCCGCCCCGCCCCGCCCUUCCCCUGGAUUGAGAGCGUGGCGCGCCAGCCAGGCUGUGUCACGUGUUAUUUGUAGUCACCCACAGGGAGAGGGCAUGCCGCCGAGUCGCGGCGUCCGCCGCUCGCUUCUGUUUGGUUGUGUAUUCGCAGGCGCGCCCGGGCCGCGCCGGUGCCGGGCCGCCGCCGCCGCCUGCCCCACGCUGCCUCGCCGCCGACGGGGGCGCGCUGGCCGCCCGUCUCAGCGUUCUGUUGCCGCCAAAUUUCAAGCUAUGGCUUCUAUUAUAUCGUUUGUGGAUUUUGUCAUGUAAGGAACCCAUCCGAUUUGUCCAAUAAAAUACUUGUCUUUA